GUACAUUCGAAUAAAAGGAGUAUUCUUUGUUCUACUAACAAAAACACAACGCGAAGUGAAUAAACAACAAGUUUUCUUAGUCUAAUAGCAUCACUGACUUGAAGUGUAUUCGUCGUUGUAAAAGCUCUGCGUAAAGUGUACGAAAAAUAUAAGUAAUUCAGUCUCGUUCUUAAAGGACCGCGUGAAGUGCGCAAACGACAAGAGUAAUCUUUGUUGUACUGAAAAGCAACCUGCAAAGUGUACAAAGGUGUUCCUCGUUCUAAAAGCACCGAGUGAAGUGCAGAAAAAAAGUGUAUUCCUCUUCAUAAUAAAAAAAAAAGUCCUGCACGUAGAGGACAAACAACAUCUUUAUUUCUUUGCUGUACUGAAAAAGAGCAACACGCGAAGUGCACAAUGCAUCAAGUUUAUUCCUCGUUCUACUAAAACGUACUGCGCUAAGUGUUCAAAUAGCAAGUAUAUUUGUUAUUGUAAAAGCAUCGCUCGAAGUGUUUUCGUCGUUCUAAAAGUUCCGCUUGAAAUGCAAAAACAACAAAAGUAUUCCUCGUUCUAAAAGCAUCGCGUGAAGUGCACAAACAACAACUUUGUUCCUCUUUGUGCUAAAAAAAAAGCCCUACGCGCAGUGCAUAAACAACAACUGUAUUUCUCGUUCGAAUGGGCGCGUAGAACCGUACGUCUCCGAAAAUUUUUCGGACGUAAAUCGACCAAUGAAAGAAUCGUAUGCGGUCGUGAGUAAACUUGUGCCUGAAGACUUCAAUAAACCCACUUAACAAACGCAUAUUAUAUCGAAGAUAUUGGUGAUGGGAACUAAAAACGCUCCUUUGUUUGUCCUUUUUCGAGGAUUGCUGUACUGUGCAGUUUUUAUCACCGCAAUAGAGUCUUCCGCUCUUUCUCGAUCAGCAUACCUCACAACAUUGAUAAAUAAGCAGCUUAAAGGCUUCGUUUUAAAACGGUUUGAGUCUCCCGGCCAAAUUUGGUGUAGUCAUUCUUGUUUGAAAAACGCCUGGUGUACUUCAACAAACUUCAAACUUGCUCCUCAAACUUCUCAUGGCGAAGGAACUUGUGAACUAAACAAGCACGAUAACUCUGCUAUCAAAGAAAACACACAUUUGCAGUUCGAGGAAGGUGGCACUUUCUCGAUGCUUCUGAAGGGUUGUCCAACAACCAACAGUUGUAAAAAUGGAGGUGAGUGUAUAUAUGACGGGGAAAAACAAACUUAUUCAUGCGAGUGCAAGCCCCCUUGGACCGGAGAAACUUGUGCUGAUCUGAUUACUUGUGAGAGCCAUCCUUGCAAAAACAAUGGAACUUGCAUAGACGGAGUCAACGGAUACAACUGUAGCUGUGCGUCAGGAUUUCACGGGACACAGUGUGAAAAGAUUGAAGGCCUUUCUUGUUCAACAGCUUACCGGAUAAUUUUUGAACAACUUUCCACCGACAGUUACGCCAUCAAAGUAAAUGCCAUUUCAUCUAAUCUCACGGAAUUUACGGUGUGUCUUUUUGUUAAGAGGAAGGAUACAGAUUCAGCGAGUUCACAGUGCCUCUACAGCUACGCAGAGGCCUCUGGUUCUGAUAUUGGAAAUGCCAUAUAUGUCUGUUUGAAUGAACCGAAUAUUGAGAUCAACGUAGAUGAGCCGCGAAGCAGGGCUACAGACACCGGGGUAAAGAUAAGUGACACCAUGUGGCAUCACAUCUGUGUUACUUGGAAAGGCACUAACGGCGCCUGGCAGUUUUAUCUGGAUGGACAACUCCGAAGCAACGGAACAGGCUUGAAGGAAAAUCACCAGGUUCCCGCUGGCGGAACAGUUGUUAUUGGACAAGAUCAAGAUACAGUUGGAGGGGGCUUCAGUAUUGGUGAUAGUUUUGGACCGGGUGAGGUGACAGAAGUUAAUCUUUGGAGCAGGGUCUUGUCCGCGAGUGAUAUUGCAGAACAGUAUGCAAACUGCUACAUAAACAAAGUCGGCCUUAUGCACUGGUGGGAACAAUUCAAAGAUAGCGUUUCAAAUCUGAUGGUAAUCGAGCCUUGAACCGAACAUUGAACAGAACUGAGAUCAUUGACUUGUAGCUUUCUUUGUACGAAGCAAAGUCUUUGUGUCAUGUGAGAAUUCAUGUUCUUUUGUGAGACAACGACAAUACCUGUACACUCCUUUAUUACUAUCGAGGUGAUUUUUUUUAUCUAAUCUCAAUGCAAACACAUAAAUCUAUAAGGUAACUGCAGUAAACCCAUCAUAAGUAAAUCCGGAAUAAACCAA